AUGGCUGCUGCUGGGGGUCGCAUCCAGCGUCUCCAUGAUGAAGCCACGUGCUCCAUCUGCCUGGAUUACUUCAAGGAUCCAGUCAUCAUCCCAGAGUGUGGGCACAACUUCUGCCAGUCCUGCCUGAUCCAGUACUGGGAGGAAUCGGAGGCAGAGGCUUCCUGCCCUCAAUGCAGACAAAGAGUCCAGAGAAGGGGUCUCAUCCCCAAUCGGCAACUGGCUAACAUGGUAGAAAUAGCUCAGAAUCUCAGUCUUCAAAAGGGGAGAGAAGGAGGAGGAGGCAAAGGGAGAAUGUGCGAAGAGGGAAAGGGAGAAGGAGGGAAAGGAGGAGUCUGCGAGAAACACCGGGAGCCCCUGAAACUCUUUUGCAAAGUCCACGAAGCCCCCAUCUGUGUGGUUUGUGACAAAUCAAAGGAACAUGCAAAUCACAAGGUGAUUCCUCUGGAGGAGGCUUUCGAGGAAUACAAGGGAGAGAUCCGUCGCCGCCUGGAGAUUCUGAGGAAAGAGAGAGAGGAAAUUAUGGCCUUUCAAGCAGAUCUGGACAAGGAAAGCAAAGACCUCCUUAAACUAACAGAAAUUGAGAGGCUGAAGGCUGUGGAGAAGUUCAGACAACCGCGCCAGUUCCUGGAAGAACAAGAAAAACAUCUGCUGACUCAUGUGGAAGAGGUGGAGAAGGAGAUUGCAGGGAGAAGGGAUGAGCAGCUGGCUAAACUCUCCAGGAAUCUCUCCUCUCUUGAAAGGAUCAUCCAGGAGAUGGAGGAAAAGGGUCAGCAGCCAGCGAGUGAACUCCUGCAGGAUGUGAGAAGCACCUUGCAGAGGUAUGAGAAAAGAGCGAGUCCAGAGAAGCCAGUGGCUUUUCCUGCAGAACUGAGGAACCAGUUGGAAUCCUGCGUUCUAAAUCACCUUGUGGAGGAUGCAAUGAAACAAUGGAAAGAUGCUAUGUUAUUCAGAAAACAGAUUCAGAAAGAUGUUCAGUCAUUCAGAAAUCUCCAGAGAGCAAAUGUGACUCUGGAUCCAGACACAGCCCAUCCCAGGCUCAUCCUGUCCAAGGAUCGGAAAGGCCUGAGAUGGAGAGAAUGGGGAUACAAUCCUCAAGACCUGCCCAAUAAUCCUGAGAGAUUUAGCCACGAGUUUUGUGUGUUGGGAUAUGAGGGAUUCAAAGCAGGCAGCCAUUUCUGGGAAGUCACUGUGGAAAGUGGGGAAAGAUGUGCUUUGGGGGUUGCCAGGAAGUCUGUGAUGAGAAAGGGCCACUUCUCCUCAGGCCCUGAGCGAGGGAUCUGGGCUGUGUGGAAGUCUGGAGGCAAGUACUUGCCCUUCACCACCACUUAUUCGUCUUGUUUUUCCCAGAGUGAGAAGCCCAGGAGGAUCCGGGUGACUCUGGGCUAUGAAGGGGGACGUGUGUCUUUUUCUGACGCUAACUCAGGAGCGGAACUCUACACGUUCUCAGGAGCCUCGUUCUCUGGAGAGACCCUCCUCCCUUUCUUUUGUCUGUGGGGAAAUGAAACCCACCUCAGAAUCGCCUGAGGAGACUAAAUCUGCCUCUCGGGCCCAGUUGGGAGUUUCUCUCCAGACCAGAGUGACUGAUAUAAAAAACAUUUACCAGCCAAGAACACAUUGGGCAGUUUUUCAAGGGGAGCUUUGAGAGGAUUCAUUCCACUCAAAAUCAGCAGAAAUAACAAAAACAAAAAUGGGUUUGUUUUUGCUUUGCAUUUUCCUUCCUUUUCCCAGAAUUCCCUCUGCAGCUUACUUCUUAAAGAGACAGUCAUACUUCUAACAGUUCCAAUAAAUAAUGAUA